AUGGCAGUCCCGAUGCCUGCCACGUUACAUUUGAAUUCUCCGUCAAGUCCGGUGGCUCUACUGGAGCCCAACAUUCACAUCCGAGGACAAGAUUCCGAUUUGGGAAGCUUCUUUAACGACAAAGAAAAUGACACUUUUCCCUUACAUUCCGCCUGGACCUUCUGGCUUGAUAGAUCUCUACCAGGAACUACAGCAGCUGAAUGUGAAUCCAAUCUGAAGAAAAUCUACACUGUGGCGACCAUCCAGAACUUUUGGAGAGUUUAUAACAACAUACCCAAUGUCGCAAUCUUGCCUCUAAGGUGCAGCUAUCACCUGAUGAGAGGUGAAAGAAAACCACUUUGGGAGGAAGAAAGUAAUUCCAAAGGUGGUGUUUGGCGGUUGAAAGUACCAAAAGAAUGCACAUCUGCUGUGUGGAAGGAAUUGCUUCUGGCCACCAUUGGGGAACAGUUCAGCGAUUAUUGUGCAGCAGAAGAUGAAGUGGUUGGUGUCAGCGUAAGUGUAAGGGACAGAGAGGAUGUUGUUCAGGUGUGGAAUGGAAAUGCCUCCUGUGCUGAUGAAUCCAAAGUUUUAGGGAGGAUCUAUGCGCUCCUUCCACAGACGCCAUUUAAAGCAGUGUUUUACAAACCUCAUAAGGAGCAUCACGCUUUCGAAGGAGGUCGAUCACGAUAUUAG